AUGUCCGGUUCCAGAUGCCUGGUCCCAGAGAGGGGGAACUCUCUCUGGAGAAGCCCCCACUGCACAAGCUGCCCAGGCAAGAUGUGGUGGCUGCUCCUCUGGGGAGUCCUCCAGGCUUGCCCCACACAGGGCUCGGUCCUCUUGGCCCAGCGGCUACCCCAGCAGCUGACAUCCCCUGGGUACCCGGAGCCAUAUCUCAAAGGCCAGGAGGGCACCACCGACAUCCAGGCUCCAGAGGGCUUUGUUGUGAGGCUCGUCUUCCAGGAUUUCUACCUGGAGCCAUCCCAGAACUGUGAAGGAGACUCUGUCACAAUCUCAGCCAGUGGGAUGGAUCCGUGCCGGUUCUGUGGUCAGCAGGGCUCCUCUCUAGGCAGCCCUCCUGGCCAGAGGGAGUUUGUGUCCUCAGGGAGGAGUUUGCGGCUGACCUUCCACGCACACUCCUCUUCCGAGGACAAGGCCACCCACCUCCACAAGAGCUUCCUGGCCUUCUAUCAAGCUGUGGCUGUGAAUGGUAGUCAGUCUACCAGCCAUGCCAGUGGGGGCGCUGAGGCUGUCAACACCCCUGGAGACCACCCCUCCAAGAACUGCUGCCAGGAACCCUAUUAUCAGGCAGUGCCAGCAGGGACACUCACCUGCACAGCUCAGGGGACCUGGAAAGACAGACAGGAUGGGCCGGAGAUUCCUCAUUGUGUGCCUGUCUGUGGACGGCCAGUCACACCCAUUGCCCAGAACCAGAAGACCCUUGGUUCUUCCAGAGCCAAGUUGGGCAACUUCCCCUGGCAAGCCUUCACCAACAUCUACGGUCGCGGGGGUGGGGCCCUACUGGGCGACAGAUGGAUCCUCACCGCCGCCCACACCAUCUACCCCAAGGACGGCAUCUUUCUCGGGAAGAACCGGAGUGUGGAUGUGUUCCUGGGCCACACAGACAUAGAGGAGAUGCUGAAACUGGGAAAAUACCCUGUCCGCCGUGUCGUUGUGCACCCAGACUACCGUCAGAAUGAGUCCCACAACUUCAACGGGGACAUCGCCCUCCUGGAGCUCCAGCACAGGGUCUCCCUGGGCCCCAACCUCCUCCCUGUCUGUCUGCCCGACAACGAGACCCUCUAUCUCAGUGGCUUGCUGGGCUAUGUCAGUGGGUUUGGCAUGGAGAUGGGCUGGUUCACUACUAAGCUGAAAUACUCAGGGUUCCCCGUAGCCACGAGGAAGGACUGUGAGGCCUGGCUCCGAGAGAGGCAGAGGACUGAGGUGUUUUCUGACAACAUGUUCUGUGUAGGGGACAAGAUGUGGAAGCAUAGUGUCUGCCAGGGGGACAGUGGUAGCGUCUACGUGGUAUGGGACAAUCAUUCCCGUCGCUGGGUGGCCACAGGCAUCGUAUCCUGGGGCAUCGGGUGUGGCGAGGGCUAUGACUUCUACACCAAAGUGCUCAACUAUGUGGACUGGAUCAAGGGAGUGAUGGACGGCAAGGACGGACCCUGGGGCUCCUGACUAGCACUGCAGAGGCUUCAGUUGAGAGAGGGUUGGGAGCAAGGACUGAGCCCUGGGAAGGGGACAGGGAGUCCCUAUUGAAGUCACUGAUGCUGCAGGCCACUGUGCAAGAGAAGUCCACCUCCCCUCAGGCCCACUCCGCCCCAGAUGGGAAGCGGCGCCCCAGCUGCCUUGUCCUGGCCCUCUGUCUUCCUGCGCGUUUGCACCACGCCCAGGGCAGCCCCUGCAGCUCAGCAACUUUCACUUCUGAAGCAAAGCACCCUUUCCCCCCAAAGUAUACUGCUUUGACAUGUUUUAAGAUGGCUAAUUCAGAGGGACUGGAAAAACGAGAAUAUCUACGAGGCUGCCUUUUGUGGAAGAAAUUUGCCUCUAUAGGGAAGAAAAUACGCAUUGGUGAAGGCCGCCCUUUGUGUAAGGUCUGUUCUUUCUGAGGGCAGCUGUGGGGAUACCUGAGAUAGUUUCAUCUGCAUAAUGAGACAGUCUUGGCUUGACUUUUGCCUUUCUUCC